GUGAGCAACAUCACUUCCUGAGCUACAAGUGGAUGAGACUCCGCUCAUUAUUGUUUUAUCGUCUGUCGCUAACAGUAUCGAUGACCAUAGUGAUCGAUGAAGCGGCUCCAGACACGGUGUCACUAACGACAUAACCGCAGGUACAGCUGCUGUUAACGGGACCUCUCGGUGGUGAUUACACUGGGUCACAUCUUACUCAAAGCUGGAUACUUUUCAAGGGCUUGGUCACAAACAUGCACCCACCAUCUCGACAGGACUAUAUAUCUAUAAGUUUUGGGCAAGGAAGUGGAGGAUACAAUAACGGCAAGCAGUGGAGGAGGCAGUCCUGCUGGAGGAAAUGGAAGCAGCUGUCUCGGCUGCAGCGGAGCCUGAUCCUUGUCCUGCUGUUUAUUUGUGGAAUAGCUUCCUAUCCUGCUGUUACUGAACACCUGAGAGGCCUUACAGAUGGAGAACAAGACUCAGACAAUAACAUUGUCCUGCUGCCUGACAUCCCCAACGUGCUGCCUGAGCCAAUCAAACAGGGCCAACCACCACUGCCAGAGGAAACCUACCCGAAGAAAUUAUCCAAUAAGAGAGGACCGCCUUUCCAGGGACGUAUUCAGAGAAAAGGAAACGCUUCAGAUACUGUGCUGGUGGGCAAAGCUGCUGAGAGGAAGAAGGAAGGAGAGGAGGGGGGAGUCAUCAGCUGGCAUGGGGCAGUGAUCGACACUGAGCAGGCCACAGAAGGCACCAAGGACGGGGAAAAUAAGGAGGAUUCACCUUCCAACCAUAAAGACAAAUCACCAACUGAGUCAGCAGUCAGCUGGCCGGAGGCGGUGCAGGAAGCCUUCAGACAUGCGUGGAAGGGCUAUAAAGACUUUGCUUGGGGCCACGAUGAGCUCCGGCCCCUCUCCAAGUCCUACAGCGAGUGGUUCGGCCUGGGUUUGACGCUUAUUGAUUCCCUGGACACCAUGUGGAUUAUGGGGCUUAAAGAAGAAUUUGAAGAAGCAAAGAAGUGGGUGGCCACAGAGCUCACGUUUAGUAAGAAUGUAGACGUCAACCUGUUUGAAAGCACCAUCCGCAUCCUGGGAGGCCUGCUGAGCACCUACCACCUGACUGGAGACGCUCUGUUCCUGGACAAAGCUAAAGACAUUGGCUCCAGGCUGAUGCCAGCCUUUAACACCCCGUCCAAGAUCCCCUACUCUGAUGUGAACAUUGGGAAAGGCACCGCCCACCCCCCCCGCUGGACCUCCGACAGCACCGUGGCCGAGGUGACCAGCAUCCAGCUGGAGUUCAGAGAGCUCAGCCGCCUCACCCAGGAGCCUCAGUACCAGGCUGCGGUGGCUGAGGUUAUGAAACAGGUCCACAAGCUGGAGGGCAAGCUGGACGGUCUUGUGCCCAUGUUCAUCAACACAAACACCGGGCAGUUCAGCCAUCAGGGAAUCUACACACUAGGAGCCAGAGCAGACAGCUACUAUGAAUACCUGCUGAAGCAGUGGAUCCAGGGAGGCAAGAAGGAGAACCAGCUCUUAGAAGACUAUCUCCAGGCAAUAGACGGUGUCAAGAAGAACCUGUUGCAGAAGUCUUCACCUAACGGCCUCACCUUUGUUGGAGAGCUCUCACAUGGACAGUUCAGCCCGAAAAUGGACCAUCUAGUGUGUUUUCUGCCAGGCACUCUGGCUCUCGGUGCCCACCACGGCCUGCCUGCUGACCACAUGGAGCUGGCCAAGCAGCUGAUGGAGACCUGCUACCAGAUGUACGUCGCCAUGGAGACGGGCCUCAGUCCAGAGAUCGUCCACUUCAACAUGCAUCAGGGCAGCACCCGAGACAUCGAAGUAAAGCUUGCAGACAGGCACAACCUGCUCCGACCAGAGACGGUGGAGAGUCUCUUCUACCUGUACAGGUUCACCAAGGACCACAAGUACCAGGAGUGGGGCUGGGAGAUCCUCCAGAACUUUAACAAAUACACCAAGGUUUCCUCCGGCGGCUACACCUCCAUCAAUAAUGUGCGUGACCCCGACUACCCGAGCCCCCGAGACAAGAUGGAGAGUUUCUUCCUGGGAGAGACCCUGAAAUAUCUCUACCUGCUCUUCUCAGACAACCCCGACCUCAUCAGUCUGGACCAGUAUGUUUUCAACACUGAAGCUCAUCCUCUGCCUAUCUGGCCCUCCAACUCCACUGUGUUACUCACAAGCACACAGUAGUUCAGAACGACAGGUAAAAUUGCACGUAUAAACAAAACAAACAUCUCAGGGUCGACCUAACACCAAGAUAAUUCCUUCGUCUCGAGUCUCUGUUGGUGAGUGUUGUCAUGGCAACAGCCCAGAGAUGGAAAAAAGCCUCCUUUUAACUAAUUGAAUCAAUUCUUUUGCUAUGUGUUGAUAGCCAUGGAAAAAAAAAAUAACAAGCGACUGGUUCAGUUUGUGGCUUGUUUAUUUAUUUAUUUGACUGUUUUUUUUUUUUUUUUCGUGAAUGGAUUUCUAGUAGUGGCAGCGUUCUGGAGGAGCUUCUGUCCAUCCUGACCAGCCAGAACUGUUGAAGAAAAGCCUGAUUGUGACUUGAAUCAAAGAUGUCCUCAUCACAUUUUAAGAUGAUGAGAGGGAGAGUCCUGUUGGACUGAUGUUCCCCUUUUCAACCAAGCCGGUUCCUGCUAGCGGGCUAGCGUUAGCUUACAACCAAGUCCAACAUUAAUAUCUGACGUUCAGUGUUAAUAAGAAUGUAAUCACCGUCCAUAACAAUUAAGGUGAGCAGCACAAAUGUGUUGUACAUGUCGUGUUUGAAUUCAGAGCAACAUUUGUUAGGAGAUGAUGUCGUCUGUUUGAUGCAAGGUUAUUAUAGUUAACGAAAACCAACAAAAUAACGAAAACUAGAAUUGAAAAAACAUUUCCGUUAACUGAAAUAAAAAUAAAAACGAGAGUUUUUAAAAAAACGAUUAACUGAAACUGUAUUUUGUGGUUACAAAACUAACUAAAAUUAUAGUGAAAAUGUCCUUCGUUUUCAUCAACUUUUUUCACAUGUAAACCUUUUUGGCUGAUAUGAAAUCUAUUUUAUCUAUCUGGUUUUAUGACUUAAUAAACUUAUUGGGGCUGAGAUGGAUCAGACAAAGGAAAUAAAGGAAACAUUUAUUGUGACCUUAUUGAAUCUGGCACCCAACAAAUACCCCAUUACAAAACAACUAAAACUAAUAACAAAAAGUAUCAAA